UUCAAACAAAAUUUGGCGCCUUAUUAGUUAGAAUUGCCGCAUUUUUGUUUGUUACUCUUGUGCUUAUAGACUGCUUAAAAAAAAUUUUGCAAAAUGAAAUCACCAAAGUUGUAUGUAAUUAAAAGAGAUGGCCGCAAAGAAGAUAUUCAUUUCGACAAAAUUACUUCACGGGUACAAAAGCUUUGUUAUGGCCUUAAUAUGGAAUUUGUUGAUCCAGUCGCCAUUACUUUAAAGGUCAUAAAUGGGUUAUAUUGUGGGGUCACAACCCAGGAGCUUGAUAACUUGGCCGCUGAAAUUGCUGCCAGUCUUACAACACAACAUGCCGACUAUGCAACGUUGGCCGCACGUAUAGCCAUUUCCAAUUUGCAUAAGGAAACCAAAAAAGUAUUCUCUGAUGUUAUCAGCGCUCUUUAUAAUCAUGUCAGUGAUGAAACUGGCCUUCCUACGCCCAUAAUUUCGGACUUUCACUAUAAUGUUGUUAAGAAGCACGCUGAUCGCUUGAACUCUGCAAUUAUUUAUGAUCGUGAUUUCGGUUAUAAUUAUUUCGGGUUUAAGACUCUUGAACGUUCCUAUUUACUCAAGUUGAAUGGUAAAAUUGUUGAACGGCCACAGCAUAUGUUAAUGCGUGUAGCCAUUGGUAUACAUGGUGAGGAUAUAGAUGCGGCAAUCGACACAUACAAUUUGCUUUCAGAACGUUACUUUACACAUGCCUCACCAACACUCUUUGCUGCCGCUACCAAACAGCCACAAUUAUCUUCAUGUUUUCUAUUAACUAUGGUCGACGACUCCAUUGAUGGCAUAUUUACAUCGGCACAUCAAUGUGCAUUGAUUUCUAAAUCUGCUGGUGGUAUUGGCUUAAAUGUUCAUUGUAUACGCGCUAAAGGCACUUCGAUUGCGGGCACGAAUGGCACAUCAAAUGGCUUGGUACCAAUGUUGCGUGUUUUCAAUAACGUAGCACGUUAUGUGGAUCAAGGUGGCGGUAAACGACCAGGAGCUUUUGCUAUAUACUUGGAGCCUUGGCACGCUGAUAUUUUUGAAUUUUUGGAUUUAAAGAAAAAUACCGGAAAAGAGGAGCAUCGAGCUAGAGAUUUAUUUUAUGCUUUGUGGAUACCUGACUUAUUUAUGAAGCGUGUUGAAGCAAAUGAGGAUUGGUCAUUAAUGUGUCCACAUAAGUGUCCCGGAUUACACGAAGUUUGGGGUGAAGAAUUCGAAAAGUUAUACACAAAAUAUGAACAAGAAGGACGUGCUAAUAAGAAAGUUAAAGCCCAAAGCCUUUGGUUUUCCAUUAUAGAAUCGCAGGUGGAGACGGGCACACCGUAUAUGUUAUAUAAGGAUGCUUGUAAUAGAAAGAGUAAUCAACAGAAUAUUGGCACAAUUAAAUGCAGUAAUUUAUGCACAGAAAUUGUUGAGUAUUCAGCACCUGACGAGGUAGCUGUAUGCAAUUUAGCAUCGAUUGCCCUCAAUAUGUUUGUUACACCAGACAAAAAAUACGAUUUUAAACGCCUCAAGGAAGUCACUAAGACCGUGACGCGGAAUUUAAAUAAAAUCAUUGAUAUAAACCACUAUCCAUUGCCUGAAGCCAAGAAAUCUAAUUUCAGGCAUCGUCCGAUCGGUAUUGGUGUACAAGGUUUAGCAGACGCAUUAAUCCUCAUGCGCUAUCCUUACGAAAGCGAACAAGCAUUCCUAUUGAAUCAACAAAUAUUUGAAACAAUUUACUAUGGUGCUUUAGAAGCCAGCUGCGAAUUGGCUGAAAAAUUUGGGCCUUACGAAACUUAUGAAGGUUCACCGGUUAGCAAAGGUAUUUUACAGUAUGAUAUGUGGGAUAAAAAGCCGACUGAACUAUGGAAUUGGACUGAGUUGAAAGAAAAAAUUAAGAAACAUGGUGUACGCAACUCUUUACUACUUGCACCCAUGCCAACCGCUUCAACGGCACAAAUAAUGGGUAAUAAUGAAUCUUUUGAGCCGUACACCUCCAAUAUUUAUACUCGCCGUGUGCUUUCCGGUGAGUUUCAGGUUGUAAACCAUCAUUUGUUGCGUGACCUUACUGAAUUGGGCUUAUGGGAUGAUGAUAUGAAAAAUCAAAUUAUCACUAGCCGUGGUUCAAUACAAAACAUUGAAUCUAUACCCCAAAACAUACGCGAACUGUAUAAAACCGUUUGGGAGAUUUCGGUAAAAACUUCCAUAAAAAUGGCUGCUGAUCGUGGUGCCUUUAUCGACCAAAGUCAAUCCUUUAAUAUACACGUAGCAGAACCUAAUUACGGCAAACUUACUUCUAUACAUUUUUAUGGUUGGAAAGCAGGUUUAAAAACCGGCAUGUAUUAUUUGCGCACAAAGCCAGCGGCAAAUGCCAUACAAUUCACCGUAGACAAAAGCCGCAAAGAGUUGAAUGACGAAAUUAAAGCGAAGCCUCCUGUAGAAAAUCAAAAUCUAGCGGAUAUGGUCUGCUCACUCGAAAAUAAGGAUGCCUGCAUGUCGUGUGGAUCGUAAUUGUAGGAUUUAAAUGUAAAUUAAUGUAAGAGAAUCUGUAUUUGUUUGAAAUAAAGUUUUAAUCAUAAGCAUAAAUUAUUAAUAAUAAAAGUGUGUUGUAAUUUGUUUACUCAACAGCUUAGGAUUACUACCUAUAAUAAUUGAAAAAAAAAAA